UCUAAAAGUAAAAGUGAAGUGAAAAGUAAUAAAGUUGAAGAGAGAUAGAUAGAGAGAGAGAGAGAGAGAGAGAAAUAAUUAAAUAGAGUCGCCGUAAUCGGAGGGCUCGCGGUAUAAUUGUUGAUUUUGAGAAAAUUGAUAAAAUUUGAAUCAGCACGCGUAAUAUAAAUAAGUUAAAAUGGUGCCGCAACAGCAGGACAGCCCCUCAAGCUCGGGGAUUCCCCUGUUCGGAUCGCAGCUUGUGGAUAAAAAUUCGCCGACACCUUACUCGGACGCUACUCAGACUAAAAAGAACAACCCAAACCACAUAAAGCGUCCGAUGAACGCGUUCAUGGUGUGGUCGCAGAUCGAGCGUAGAAAAAUCUGCGAAGUACAACCGGACAUGCACAAUGCGGAGAUAAGCAAGAGGUUGGGUAGACGUUGGAAGACGUUGGACGAGGCGCAGAGGAAGCCGUUCAUAGAGGAGGCUGAGAGGCUCCGUCAGCUCCAUAUAGUGGAGUAUCCCGACUACAAGUACAGGCCACGAAAAAAAACGACGAAACCAACGCCGUCGCCGAAGGCCAAAGACGCGCCUAAAAAGACAUCGAAGAAACAGCAGCAACAACAACAGUCGGCGACGUCGACGGUGACGAGGAUCCAGCACAAGAACGACUCCAACAACAACAACAGCAACAGCAACAGCCUUCAGACACCUGUAAAGAGGCUCCAGUCGACGCCGACAACCAGUCCUCUCUCGAGGCUAAAGGCCAGACUGGCCCUGGACAAACGGGCCUCAACUUACACGCCGACACCCCCGACAAUAACGGCCAAGGUGCCGAACAGUCCGUCUUGCGACACGCGGUUCCCGGACUCUCCUGAGUCAGCGAGCUUCUACGAGGAUGCUUACACCGAUUGCACGACCGUCUCUGCGACGUCGACGAAGGUGAAACGGGAAGUCGACAUUAAGCAGGAGGUCGUCGAGCUUCCAGAGUUCACAUGCGGUGCGGAGACCAUUCUGUCAUCGAGCCCGAUAAGGCCAUUCUCGGAGAUAAGGAAUUACGCGAGGAACUCCCUGCUCUCGAGUUCAUCCUCGUCAUCGUCGUCCUCGUCCUCAUCGACAUCAUCGACAUCCUGCAAAGGGUUCCCCGUGAAGGAGGAACCCGUCGAGAGUGCGGCGACCGCAACGAGCACCGGGUCAACGACGACGGGAUGCUCGGCUUCGACGCCAGUUGUUAAAAUGGAGGAAAGCACGAAUCCCCUUGCCGACCUCGACUGUCUAACCGAUCUCUUCCAAAUUCAACCCUCUGACUUCAAGCUCGAUCUUGACAUCGAUACCAUAGCCACGGAUCUCGACUCGUUUGAAAUCCACAGCUCGAGCAGCGGGUCGCACUUUGAAUUCUCAUGCACACCCGACGUUACGGACAUGCUUUCCGACAUCGGUGUCGACAAUGAGUGGGUCUCGUACUGAUCGGGAGGCUUCUCCAUUUUCAUACGAUUAUCAUUAUUAUUAUUAU